AUGACUACGAGUCAAAGUGUUUGCUCUUCAAAGCCAGGACAAACAGGAUUCAGAAAAGUGACUUCCAUUGGAGAGCCAAGCCCAUGUCCAAUUCCAGGAAUAGGAUCUGGGGUGCUGGAAAUGUGCGUCAAGGAGGGGACUAAAAUCCGAAACCUUUUGCAUUUUGCCAUUUCCUACUUGCAGGGGGAAGAACAUGUGGCUCCUGUGUCUCAGGCUAUGUUCACUGGCCUGGGUCGAGGAAUCACUAAGACCAUUACCUGUGCUGAGAUUGUGAAACGUAAAGUCCAAGGGUUUAUCAAGUAUCAAGUGUCAAAGCUUCAGUACAGGACCAUUCAGGAGGUGUGGGAGAACCAGGAUGGCGAAAGGGUGAAUGUGCGUAAAACUGUUCCUUCAAUUUGCACUCUGCUUUCCAAAGAGCCACUGGACCCACAGGAGUUAGGAUACCAGUCUCCUACAGCGACAAGCUCCAAAUCGGAGGAGAAAGAAUCUGUAGGUGCUACAGCAACUACUGGGAAAAGACCUUACAGGCAUUCCUCUCAUGUGAUUUUACCUAAAGCAAAAAGAACUGCCAUGGGACCUGCUAUAUAA